AUGGCCGGAAAGAUCUCAGUACUAACACCUCUUGCAUACAUCUUUGUCAUUAUUACUUCUCUUGUGAUAUUUUCUUCGGUAUAUCGUCGUCGUAAAAUCCAGCAAUUGGCAUCCCUAAAACCGGUAUACGAGCAAUCCUUUGCCAGAAAUAACUACUAUACUUUGAAGUCUCAAAACGAAAAGGCUGAGCGCGAUGGUUUAAAGAAACCGAUCCCAGAAAAACUUAUCAAUGCCGCUCUUAUUCGAUGGGCUGGAGAAGAUGUUCGUCAAAUUGUUAAAAUGAAGCAGGCCAAAGAGCAACUUACUGCUCUUCACCAGCGCGGUUCUAUUGGUGAUAUCACCUACAAUAAGUUUGUCACAAACGAAAAGGCUAUUGAAAUUGAACUUCAAAUCAUCUCUCAAGAGGCAAAUUCGAUUAAAGAAGGGUGGGCAAACACCAUUUUUAACGUUGCAACCGAAGUUUCUCAGUCAGAUGGCGUUUCUGCUAGAAUUAAGGAGGCUUCUAAGGUUAAAGAGGACUACGAAAAAACUCUUCAAAAAAUAAGGCAAAGAGCAUUGGCGGAAUUGUAA